AUGUCCAAUUCUACCUUGUAUAAAACCUUUUAUAAUUUUUUACUCGAGUCACCGCCAGCACAUAUCACAGCAUUUUCUGUCAUUUAUCAAGUAGUAGAGGAUGAUACGUGGAAUUCAAAAGAUGAUUUAAGACAAGCGGUUCACCAGGCAGUUACAGAGCUAAAAGGCGGUUAUGAUAAGAACUCAGAAAAGUAUCAAAAACUUGAUGAAAUCUCUUUGAAAGUUAGUGUAUGCAGUCUUAGGAAUAUCAGAAAAUCAAACCAAGAAGACGAACUCACUCCGAAUGAAAUCGAGACGAACUUGCGAUCAUUAAAAACUAAUCUUGCAAGUAGCGAAGCUCCAUAUGCACAACAUUUUCGGAAGUAUUUAAAGAAAAAGAAGAAUACCUCAAACCUAUCAUGGGAAGUCCCACUUGCAAGUCAAGUAAUUUGUGCAGAUUCAGAAAUGGUGAAGUUAUUAGAAGAAGAAGACGUAGAAGCAUACAACUUUUUUAUGGAAUCUGACGAAAAUCUCGCAAAAGUUACUACGGACAUCCUUGAAAUAUUGUGA